AUGGCCACCGCCGUGGGAAAUUUCCAGGGCACCGCAGGAAAUGCGGCCUUCAAAGAUAAAGAGAAGCCCAUGGCUGUACGGACGGCCAACAUCCUGGCAGCCCGUGCCGUGGCAGAUGCUAUCAGAACCUCGCUGGGCCCACGAGGAAUGGACAAAAUGAUACAGAAUGGCAAAGGGGAGAAUCUUAUCACCAACGACGGCAACACAAUGCUGAAAAGUAUGAGCGUCAUGCAUCCGGCGGCAAAGAUGCUGGUCGAUCUCAGCGCAGCCCAGGAUAUUGAGGCCGGCGACGGAACGACGUCUGUGGUGGUCAUUGCCGGCAGUCUCCUUGGGGCGGCAGACCGACUGCUCGCCAAAGGCGUACACCCUACCAUUAUCUCCGAGUCAUUUCAGAGGGCUGCAGCUGCAGCGGUCAAGAUCCUAGACGGCAUGUCACAACCCAUUUCACUAUCUGAUCGGACGACUCUCUUACAAGCAGCCUCUACGUCCCUGUCUUCCAAAAUCGUGUCGCAGCAUUCCGGAUUGCUUGGCCCCAUGGCGGUCGAUGCGGUCUUGAAGACCAUUGAUCCCAAAACUGCGGACAACGUCGAUUUACGAAACAUCAGAAUCAUCAAGAAAGUCGGUGGCACGAUCGAAGACUCUGAAAUGAUCGACGGUCUGGUUCUCAAUCAGCAGGUCAUCAAGAACAGUGGCGGCCCUAGCAGGAUAGAGAAGGCACGGAUUGCAUUGAUACAAUUUCAACUCAGCCCGCCGAAACCCGACAUGGAGAACCAGAUCGUGGUGAAUGACUACAGACAGAUGGACAAGAUUCUCAAGGAGGAGAGGACAUAUUUGUUGAACAUGGUGAAGAAGAUUCAAAAGGCGAAAUGCAACGUGCUGCUUAUCCAGAAGUCGAUCUUACGGGACGCGGUCAACGACUUGUCACUCCACUUCUUGUCGAGGCUGAAGAUCAUGGCGAUCAAAGACAUUGAGAGAGACGAGGUGGAAUUCUUAUGCAAGAGCACAGGAUGCAAGCCCAUCGCCAACAUCGACACAUUUAGCGAAGACAAGCUGGGCAGCGCUGAUUUAGUCGAGGAAGUCCAUUCCUCGGGCGCACGGUACGUCAAGAUCACCGGCAUUCGAUCAGCACCACAACAGAACCAGACUGUCUCGAUUGUGGCCCGCGGCGCCAACACGCUGGUCCUGGACGAGGCGGAACGCUCCAUCCACGAUGCUCUCUGCGUGAUCCGAUGCUUGGUAAAGAAAAAGGCGCUCAUCGCCGGGGGCGGUGCUCCUGAAAUCGAGGUGGCUUAUCAACUGGCGAGACGCGCUCGUGAAUUGACGGGCACGGAGGCCAUAUGCUGGAAAGCGUUUGCGGAUGCGAUGGAGGUGAUUCCCACGACCCUGGCGGAAAAUGCCGGUUUGAACAGCAUCAAGGUGGUGACGGAUCUGCGACAUCGACAUGACAUGGGAGAGAAGAACUCGGGCGUCAGCAUUCGAAGCGGUGGUGUCAAGACCAACAUUGCCGAGGAGAAAGUGCUGCAGCCGCUGCUUGUGAGCACCAGUGCGAUUGAGCUGGCAGCGGAGACGGUGAAGAUGAUCCUGCGGAUUGAUGAUAUUGCCUUGUCACGGUGA